UGCCGACGCGCACGCACAAACGCGUAUACCAGUGGAGUGUGGCGUGGCGUGGAGCGGAAAUAGUGAAUUCCGUGAAUCUCCCCGGGGCGCUCCGUUUCCGCGAGAGAGGAGUAAACCUACGCUUGAUCGUCGUCGGACGGACCGCCAGAGCCUAGAGAGCCCACGCAACCCGGGAUCGCCAGCAGUCGCGACUUCGCGGGGAUUCGCUUUUUACUUAAAUCCCGGGCGUGGGGGCGAGGAAUAUAAAAUAUAACGUUUUCUCAAGCCGUGUUUUACGGCGCGGGCCGAGGCCGGGAUCCGCCGACGAGUGGCGCGUCUGUGGGAGCGCGCGUUCCCCUUGGCGUGAGCGUGACGUAAUUGUAUUGAUCCGCGGCGGAGGAAGGGCCCGAGAGAGUCGCGCAUUCGCCAUCUUGGACGGAAUCGGUCGAGGGAAAAGAAGUUUCUGCGUCCCGUAGGCGCGGUGUGUGUGUGCCCUCCCCCCCUCCCGUCGUCGUCGACGUCGUCGUCGCCGCCGUCGCCGUCGUCGUCGUCCUCGUCGCAGUAGGCGGUAAUCCGUGGCGAUCCGCGCGUUAAUCUAGUUUCACCGGGAGUUAACCCUGUUGUGAAUUGGUAACCCAUUUGGACGGACCAAGUCAAAGGGUUCGUUCUUUGGGUCUGAUUGGUACUAAAUGGUUGCGUGCAGACAGCAUGUCUACUCUGUCAGGGAUUGUGUCGAAGGGGGAGAAAGGAAAAUCCAAGUUCCAAUCAUUAGAUAUCAAUAGCUUGUACCGGGUGAGUAGGGGUGAAUCUUUGGAGCCGCAUCAGCAGAAAAAUACAUUACCGCGCAAACAUGGAAUGCAAAGUCUUGGAAAGGUGCCUUCGGCACGGCGUCCUCCGGCUAAUUUGCCCAGUUUAAAAAGCGAAACUAGCAGCAGUGACCCGGCUGUCAGUCUUGUGCCAAGUGGAGGAAGUGGUUGGGCUACUACUAAGGAUUCAACAUCGUCGACCACUACUACUACCACCACAGUAGCGACUUCAUCAUUAGAUAACACUACUACUGUCUCUUCAACAGCACAAUGCGCAGCAGGGACCACUGUUUCAACAUCCCUACACUCUUUACUGCCGACACAACAAAAUGCGUCGCAAGCUCCUUUUUUGGAUCAGGCAAACAACAAAUCAUCAUGGAGCGCGAUUAUGAGCAGAUCAGGAGACGCAGUGGUUGGUUACGCGGGGCUCGUGGGGGGCGCGAAAGGGGGAAGAGGUGCCCUUGGACUGAGUUUCCUCGCCCACCAGUCCCCGCAGUUCCAACACGAGUUUCCCAGUCUCAGUGGACAGCCGUCCGCCUCCGUCUCCACUCAGAGCCAGACUCAACAGUCCUCAACAACAUCCAAUGCAAUCUCAGUCGCAGUCCAUCAAUCGUUACUACAGCAACAGCCGUAUUCCCACAACCACUCAGGUGGGACGCCGGGAAACCAACAGCAAUCGAAUCGAGAGUUAAAUGCGCAGUAUGGUCCAGGACCGAGCUUACGUCCGCAGACAGAAGGAAGUUGGAUUCAAGGCGGAAGUCGCACGGCAGGUGGCGCAGUGCCAGUAACAUCAGCUGGUCCCGGAAAUGGGAAUACUCCGGCGGGCCAGGGCCUCCCUUUAAAUAUACCUGUUUCAGGAGGACACACCCAGGAGGUACCCGGUGGAGGGCGGCAGAACUUGGGCCAAUCGCCCAACAUGGGCGCGGGCCCGGCAGGCCAGCAUAAUGCCGUAAACAAUCAGGGUUCUGCGCCUUCUUCCGGUUCUCUUGGACCAAACCUGCACCACUACCGGGGACUUAUCCCGCCAUUUAUGUAUAGAUCAUCAAAUUUUCCUGGUGGAUUUUCUUCGCAAUUUGCAUCAAAUUCUGGAGCCAACAGCCCCCGACCUAGAUUUAGUCACCCCUUGGAUCGAUUUCCACCUCCUCCUCAACGUGACCGUAUGGCAGAGGAAGAAAUUCUGACUAGACCCAUCAUCAAGGAAGAAGAUCUUACUCGUAUGGAUGAUAUUUCCCGUGACGCAGGAUGGGCUGCGCACGAUGAUAUUGAUUAUAACCAAAAAUUGGCCUUUAGCGACGACGAAGGUGAAUCAGAAUCGAAACAUGACGAGAAAAAAGAUAACAAGGAGAAAAAGGGCGAUGAUAAUAUCGCAGAGGAGAAAGAGAAAUCUCGAGAUAAUCGAGACUCGAAGGAGCUUCGCGAUCCGCCGCAUCGUCCUUGGACUCAACCUAUGAAUCGUGAUUAUCGUGGCUCGAAUGGCGCGAGUGGUGGCUAUGCCAAUCAAUCGCAAUUACACUCCGUACAUUCUUUGAGAGGUGUCGAGGAUGACGAGACGUGGAACGAACGACGUAGAAUCAAGGUUGAGGUUGCGUCCGUUGUCGAGCGUGCGCGAUUGCGUAAGGAAGAGGAGGAGAAACGUUUCCAGGAAUCAACGAAGCAGGCGGCGGCUAAGAAAUUACAGGACUUGGAGCAAAAGUUGAAAGAGAAGCAGGCGAAGCACAAGGAUGAGGAACGUGCGCAGUCCGGCGAGGCCAAAAGCUUGAUCAGCAUCCCGCCUGUAUCUCUUCCAAUACCCGAGUGGGAGAGGGAGAAGGAGAAUAGGGAGCGAGAGAGCAGAGAACGGUCUCGCACCUCGUCCGAGGGGAAAGAUGAGAAAAUCAUCUCGACACUCGUCGUACGCGACAGCCGCGACAAUCUGAGGGAAGGCAGAGAUCAAGGACUGACGGACUUUCGUCAGAGCGAUCGACAGAACUUCUUGCGGCAGGACCCAGUGCGUAGCGAGCGCGAGAGGGAACGCGAUCGCGAUCGUGAUCAGAGGGAUUCGAGGGAUCGCGAGCAACCGGCGUUCUCCCGACACUUUCAGAAUAACUUGCCGCCCAGAUUUCAAAAGCAGCAGGCAGAGAGAAGCAGUGCGAACUUCAACCGAAUUUCGCCGAAUGCGGAGAGACCUGCUUCCCAGUCCGUUCCGUUCUCCCAACAAUACGAUCCCGGUAGAUGGCUUCACAAUUACAACUCAUUGAUAGAUAGCGCUAUGAAGCAAUCCAUGCCAUCGCAACGUCGUAAUAGAACCGAUUCGGACGCUUCGGCACCGUUGGAUGACGAACGACCCCCGUCUCGAGAUCAUCGCGGCGGCGGUGCACCAUCGUCGAGAGAGGACCGUUAUCGGCACUCUUCGCAUCGGUCCUACGACAGCCGCAAGCCGGGUGGCUAUUACGACGAAUACAGCCGUAAUUUCAGAGACUAUGAGUACGAUGACAGGCAUCCUCGCGAUUCUUGGGAACGCGAGAGACAUUUUGACGAUAAAGAACGAGACCCGAAGGAGAAUCUGGACUCGAGAGAUAAUCGCGAUGGCCGUGAUAGUCGUGACAACCGAGACGGUCGCGACGUCAAGGAUUCCCGUCCUACUAGCCGUGAUGCUCGAGACGUGAGAGAUGUGCGCGACAAAGAAAAGAAGGAUUACGAUAAUUAUUCGAAGGACUCUUUUGAUGAGCGUGAACAAAGGGAGCGCUCGGAGAACCCGGAGUGGCGUGAAGAGCGCAAUGUGGGACAGGACAGACAACUCGACAGUCGUCGCGACGCACCGAAGGAAGAGCGCAACGAGCGCCCGCAGAGACCGGACUCGCGCGACAGUCGCACCUCCAGAGAAUCGAAAACGUCCCUGCGCGAUGACGACCUGCACAAAUUACGGGAUUGCAGUUCCUGGGUGAACGAAGUGUCGGACUACGAGGAGAAGAAGCGAGAUAUGUAUCACGAGGAGACUAGGGAAAGGGAAAGAGAUAGAAGACAACCGCCCGGUCCAGUUACGAAAGAGAAGCUCGAAGCGGACGAAUUGAAGAACGAGAAGCGCAGUUUGACCCAACUGAAGAGAGGCAGUUCUGAUCUUCAAGAGAAGAAGGAACAGCCGAAGGAAAUUUCCGCCGAGGCGAAAAAGGAUACGGAUGUGUGGAAUAGGAAAACGGAACGUACUCCGGAAAGCAGACAGAUCGACAGAGGCGAUAAUUCGCCGAAGGCGUGGGCCGACGCGAUAUCGCCGACUUUCGAGAAGGAGGAGGAGAAGAUGGCGGAAGCGGCUAAAGAUGGCAAGGAGUCCGACGAGAUCAAGCAGAGCUCGUUGGACAAGCCCGCUUUGGACAAGAGGGAGGAAGCCAUUGCCGAGGAUGCCAAAGAUCAAGCCAAGGACGAGAAGAGAGAAAAGAGUACGCGCAACAGAACGAGCAGCAGCGGCUCCAGUUCUCGAAUUCGGGAGACUCGAGGUGGACGUCAGUGGGGCGGAACCUUCAGUGUCUAUACUCGGGGUUGGCGCGGGCCGGAAUCCAGGGGACGAAGAGGCGGGCCACGACCUACCGGGAAAGCCGGGAUGUCCGCCAAGAGUGGUUCGUAUGGGCACACCGAUUCCGAGAACAGCGCUGACGAGAUAUCCGGCUCGACUGAGUCCGGAAAAGAGGACAAGCGAUCGGCACGUUCUCCGAAACCGUCGCAGAAGAUCGAGAAGGAUGAGCGCAAUCGCGAGGUGUCGAGACGGGACGACAAGCGGGGCGCCGAGUAUUCUCAGACGCGCAGCGAGAAAAGAACGUACGACGGCAAGCCCAGCCACGAGGGUUUCGCGCCGUCGGGCGAGCCGUCCCGUCGUGGCAGAGGCGGUUUCCGUAUCCGCAGCACGGCCACGGGCAGUCGUAUGGAAGGCUACGGACCGCCGUCCAGUAAGAGUCCGUUCUCGGAACGUAAUACGGACGAGAAGCACCAGCAGCAAACUGCCGGACGGCAAAAUCCACCGACCCCGACCUCGGAGAAAGAGGCGGGUCUCCUACAGUCUACGUCCGUUGAAUCCACCGACGACAAGAUAAUCGCGAAGCAACAAGCUCUUACAGCGGGCAUCACGGGCAGACGUAAGUCUCCGAGUCAACAAGCUCAGCAGUCCGGCAAUAAGCAAGAAGCGAAUCACGCAAAUCAAGUCGCCAACGUCCCGUCCCAAAAAGUGCAAAUGCGAAAGGACGAGUCACGUUCUAAGCGAACUCGUAGUGGAAGUAGGAGGGGAAGAGACAGCCGCGAAGCUCGUUCACGCGGCAACAGCGGCACUGUGGCGAAGCAGUCGCAGUCGGAUGUGGGCAACGAAGAUUGGGAAACCACUUCGGAGAACAGUGAGGAGCACAUAGACGAUCACAAAGACUCUCGUAACAGUCGCAACAAGCACUUUGGUGGACGAGCCAUUCAGUCUGUGGGUGGUCAAAACGCUAUCGGCAUGAACCUGCAUUCCCGCAGAAACGAGCAAUUGGCGAAUACUAGAGAGCAACGAGAGAAAAAUCCCAAGUCUUCCAAUCCGGCGUCGCGUGCCCCGGGGGCGGAGAAGCGGAGUCUGCAGAACGCCGGAUUCAGCGCCCAGAAGAAUCACGCCGACGGUAUACCGCCUCUGAUGCAAAACGCGCAGAUACAGAACGGGGGAAGGUCCAGGAGUCAGAGCUCGACCAACAGUGGCGCGGUCGCGAAUAAAUCGAGCAACAAAGACAGCAUGGUCAAUCGUAUCGACGAGAUCAAGCUGAGCGAUCCAAACCUGGUGAAUCAGGCGCUGAACGACCUCAAUAAGAAGUCUCAGACGAAGGACAAGAAGUUGACGGAUUCCGAGAUCGAAACGAACAGCUGUACCGAGGAUGCUACUAGUGGCACAGCGGAAGACAAGGUGGACGCUGACGGCUUCCAGGAGGUGCGUUCGAAGAAGAAUGUGAAGGAGUCGAGACAUAAUCAGAAGGAGGAGGUGAAGCCCGUCAAGAGAGACAAGGAGAAGGAGCGCGAGCGCGAACGCGAUCGUUCGAAAUCGAAGUCGAACGGUUCGCAGCAAGUUCUGCAGCAGGUACAGAACAUACCGCCUCUACUUGGCCAGAAUAUCCCGCAGCCGGCGAACAUACCGUCGAAGCAGUACGACAGUCUCAGAAAUUCUCGAAAUCCAAGACUUGCGCCGCGAUUCCAGCGUCUGGUGAAGCAACAGCAGCAGCAGCUGUGUCCCACUGAUGCGAGCGACAUGAGCAAGCUGAACAGCUCUGCCAACAAUUACGCUAAAGACUCUUCUAACAGUCCCGCUCCUCCACCAGCGGUUAACGCUUGGGACAAACCGUUCACAAGCCAGUUGCGCUCGAACUCUCCGUCCGCGAUUCCCACGGACAUUCAGCUGAUGUCUGGCUUAACGGCUCAAAAUGACCACAGUCACGAGGGCAACGAGGCUAACUCUGGACACAGCAGCCAACGAAAUUCGCCGAGCGGCGAGAAGACGGGGAAGAAUCUGAAGGAGCCGCUGACGGAGAAGAACGUGUCCGACGUGUCCUCUCCCCCCGUACAGACCUUGAUCUUCGAGAACACGAAUUACUCGAAGACGACCAAGACGACCGGACCGACGGAUCUGGCGGUGAAAUCCAAGUUUUCGAAUCACAUCAAGACGCAACAGCGGGCCGAGAAGCGUGCGGAGAUGGAAGAGGAGGGCAAUCAAGUCCAGCAGCAUCAGCAGCCAGCGCUCGCCGUUGCAUUUUCCAAACCGAACGACUUGAUCAAGGACAAGAGCCAGGAACCCAUCCAAAUGUCUUUGUCGUUCAACAAGAACGAAGACAAUGCCGACAUGAAGCUGGACUUCAACUUCGAGUCCGAGCUUUCGCAAUUGGACGAUAAGAGCAAGAGUUUGGGCAUGGCGCGUUCCAUGCACAUGGCUGGCGGCCAGAGCACGAUAUCGCCGUCGACCGCGGAGCUCAAUCUCAAAAUCGCGUCCGUGAAGAAAGUCUGGGAGAACGCACCGCCGAUGCCGACCGUGGUCGAGCACGAGGACGGCACCAGUGUCGUCAGUAGCGCGACCAGCUUCCCGCAGGCGUUCGAAAGCGGCGACGUCGACGACAGUUACAGCCCGCACCAGCAGUACAACCAGAGCAACAUGAAAAGCGAGAUCACAACGUCUACGAAUGUGUGCAAGCUGGUUCCCCCGCAGGUGAAGCCGCAGCAACAGUCUUCGGGGAGCAGCGGUACGCAACCAGGAUCUACCGUGCCUGGGCCAAGUCCCAUCGGAGCCGGUCAGAGCCCUAUCGGCCAUCCUCCCGUUAGCCUCCAAGGUCCCCUAAGUCCACCUCCGUUUAAUUCUACAGGACAGCCCUCGCAUAUUAACUAUCAGGAAUUCCCGCAGUAUCCGGGUUCGCAGGCGGCGCAAUACGGUGGCAUGUCGGCGAUACCAUCGCCACCGGCGGUGUUAUUCAACACAGGCUCGGGACAAUUGCCGGCGCAAGCGGGCGGUUUGUACGGAGCGUUUCAGUUAGAUCAGAGCCGAUCACCGUUCACGCAGUACGCGCCGUACGCCCCGUCCCUCCAGAGCUCGUUCAGUCAACAAAAUGUGUACUUGCAGCAGCCGCCACCGCCGCCACCUCACGCGCCGAAUGCUCCCACGCCGGAGAUGUACCAAAACAAUUUGUCUCAAUACCGCAUUACCGCAGCAGCUGCUCCGCCGUUCGGACAGAAUCAGCAAUUAAGUAAUAAUCCCAAUACGGUACUAAUCAGCUCAUCGUCAAAUUCUCUAAUGUCGGCGAGUGUCAAACCGUCGUCUCAACCAAUUGGAGCAAUUGGAACUAAGGCUCCGCAUUUCCAGACCCAAUCUGCCCCUCAACCCAAUCAGUUGGCUUACAUACCGUAUGAUCCAAAUCAAGUGCUCGGCGUAAGCGGUAGUUACAUGAGCAAUUCGCAAUUAGUACAGAGACCCGGUCCGAACGUGCAAGCAUCCAACAGUUAUUACAGCGCUACGUCUGCCGAUGUAUUUCCCGGCUCGCAAACAGGCUUCUACCAAUCCGGUGGUGCUACUCAACAAACUGGGACUCAUUACGGUCUGCAAGGAUUCGGUCAGCAUAGCCAAAGUCUGGCAACGGGUAGUGCAACCCCUGUCGGUCUACAGAACUAUGGUCCUAGUUUCCUAUCCAGUUCAGGAUUACAAAUAGCCGCGGCAGCUCAGCAAUUUCGCAAUCCCACUGGUGGUUUGCCAGGGCCAGGAAAUGCACCUACGUUUCUUAGCAAGCAUCAACCGCAGGAGCAGCCCAGACAGUUGAAGAGCCCAUCGGGAAAUCAACAGGACGUGCUUGCAUCGGUCUUUAGCUCAACACCUCAAAUACCGUCGCCUAAAUCAAGAAAUUGCAAACAGCAAUCUUCGUCGCAACAACCACAGCCGAGUCCUACACAACAUCACAAGUACCAACAAUAUCAGGGCGUUAGUCAGUCUGCUCUGGUAAGCAGCUACAAUAACUACGUUUUACAACAGAAUGUACGUGGAAUGGGUAUGCCACCUCGUGCUGGUAUUCAACCGUCGCAACAGCGCUAUCCAACCCCGAUACAACGACCCGCAGGACCGUUUGCACAGGGUCCAAACCCGAAUAAUCCCACGCAACAGCAGCCUGUUUGUAUGCAGCAGCAACAAGCUCAAAUUAAUCGUCACAGACCGAAUUUACAUCAGCAGCAGCAGCAGCAACGUAAUAUGAAGAUGCAACAACAAUAUUAUCCACCGCAAGGAAACGUUAAAAUGGAUUCCAAUGACAAAUCUGACAGCCACAAUGACAAGAUGAAUGAUGGCCCUUCUGGAACACAGCCUGGGAGUAACAAGCCCAAUGUGAAUCAACAAGAUAGUGAUAACAAUAAGGAAGAAGUGAAUCAACAAAACGAGUGAACGUGAAUAUUCGUGAGGGUGAACACACUUGCUCUUCCAUUUUGUGGAAAAUACCUUUCUUUGAUUAAACCUUUGAUAUAAUCCCGUCGAAAAAAAAAAAGUAAGGGCAAAGACUAACGUGCUCCUCCAUUUCUCGAGGGAGAAAGCACGCCAGUGUCACAACGGAAUUCGUUUAUCUACGAAAUCACGUGCUUAUAUAAUCGACUAGCAAUUAAAUAGAUUAAUUAAAAAUCCGAGUUUCGUGCUGUAUCGAAAGAAAGGACUUCUAGAAAGGUAAACAUUAUCUGUACGCACCUUUCCCGUUCUUUAGUUCUAACAGCAUAAACUUACCGUCUUUGUGCAGUCGAAAAGACGUUUAUUAAGCAUUUCCAUUAUUAAGUAAUAUCGAAAUAUACAUGAACAUAUUUAAGAAUGGCGACAAGUUAAUCAGCGCUGAUUGAUACUGCUAAAAGCUUGAAAAAAAAAGUGACACAUUUAAAUUGUCGUGUAAUAUUUGAAUACUUGACUCAAGAAAAAGUAUGUGCCGUCGUUAAGUGGAAUGUUAAUCGAUUACAAAUGCGAGCCGCAUAAUGAAAUGUUUCUGUAUCGUUAAGGGGUCACGUUCGUGAGGUUGUAUCUGUGGGAAGUGAGAUGAAAUCUACACGGACUCUAUAUUAUAUAUGAUAUAAUAUAUAUACAUAUACAUUCAUAUAUAUGUAUAUCUCUCUGUACCCAGAUCAGGAUCAGCCUGCGGUAAACGAUACUGCAUGUCCUAGGACGCACGAUGCACGUUUUCUUGAACACGUCAUAAAGAGAAGGAGAGGAAGAAAGAGAGAGCGGAAGUAACCAAGAAAUGUUACAGUUAUUGCAAUUUCGUAUGUAGCAUGUUCGAAAGGACUGAAACAAGCGGCGGGUGUAAAGUCCUCCGUUUAUCCGAACAAUAAGAAGCGGAAUCCCUUACCGAUUAGGAUGGUACCUACGAGUCUGAUCUAAACAUGACGCUAUGUCGCCCGUAUGUAUUUGCGACGAGGGAAAGCUCCAUGUAUAUUGGUCGUUUUGUCGAUGACGCGAGGUCACGGUGGUGCUUGCGCGACGGAGAUAGGAAACUGUUGUUUAUAGGUGUGCGCGCAAAUCAUCAUGAUCUAGCCUCAUUCGCGACGAGUUUCAAUCAUUAGGUAUAUAAGGUAUUGCUUGUGAAGCGUGAAAAGCCAUAUGAAAUUAUAACGAGCCUUUUCACGCUUAAAAAAAAAAGAUUAUGUUGGAUCAAUCGAAACCGCAAUCUAAACUACUACUAUCGCAACGUACGAAAAGGAUUGUAUAUUCUCUGCUUUCGUUGCAGUUAAAGCUUUGUUAUAAGGAUAAAGCCCAUGAAAAUAAAUAGUAGUAUUCACAGGAGUCCACCGUUGCCAGAUUUAUUCAGCAAAGAUAAAUGUGGCCAUUACGCCCAUUUUACGCCUCGAUUUUACGAAAGAAGUCUAGGCGCUGUUGAGAUACGAUGUUAACUUUCAACAAAAAGAAAAGAAAAACACGAUAUACUGCCAGUCGUACCGACGACCACUGUCUUUGAACUCUGAGAAUUUUUCAUGUCGUAUUCGUGAUGUCUGUGUGAAUAGUGAAGAAACAUGUAUUAGAGGAAGAGACACUCUUAACACGUAGGCUUGUUAAAAAUUUAACACUUCAAUGAAUUUAGAGAAUAUCGAUUAGAGAUGAUGAUAAAAAGAUUGCGAUUACUCCCGUUUACACCUGAGGAUAUCUUUUCUCUGAAGCAUCGAGAAGUUGAGGAAGGCUAUUAGAGAGGCGCGAGUAUAAAUGUAAAUCGACAUAACGACGGUGCCACGAAUUGCUUGAAUUAGACAUGAGGUUACAAUUCCUUUCGUGAUUGACAAAGAAUUGAAUCCUUGGUCAAGUAGCGCGGGCAAUGUAUACAAUAUUUAAAAAGAAAAAGAGAAAAGGGAAACGACACUGUUGAAGUCUCAAAGAACCAGUAGUAAAUGCUUCUCUCUUAUGUUAUUGCUUAAUCCUUCAGUACUCGUGUGACAUGCAAUGUAUUCUUACUUAUUGCUUUCGUUUGGCCAAUGCGGUUGACACGUUUAUAAAUGGGUUUUUAUAUAAAUACAUUGAAAUUUUGCCGGUACAAACUUUUGAUGUAUUUAUAUUCUUAAAAGCACAAUUUACAUUAACGUUACAAUAGAGCGACUGGCUGUAUACACGUCUGGCGUAGUACACGAGUACCGAAGGAUUGAGUUCUAUCGUAAGCAUCAUUACCACGAUAGCUAUUACCACUUCGAUCAUUAGCAUCAUCAGCAACAGGCAUCAUUAUUGUCAGCAGCAUUGUAACAGUAGUGUAGGAGUAGAAGUAGCAGUGGUAAUAGUUGGUGUUUGUGUGCAGUAAGCGCGAUUGUAAUAAUGAUAGUAUUAAUAUAAUAGCUAUGAUAAUAAUAAUAAUAAUAAUUGCAAUAAUAGUAACAAUAGUAGUAACAGCAGCAGCAGCAAUAGUACUAUGACGAUUCUCUCGCUUUCUUAUUCUUUUUAAUUUUGAUAAAAUUAUUAUGGUUUUGUUACAUUCUUUUAUCAGCAUUCACACACAUUAUCUAAUAUACCAUUACAAUAUGAAGAACUGAUUUUGUUAUUAUAACUAUUAUAACUUGCCGCUAUUAUCGCCGUUAUAUCAUUGUGUUUCAAUUUAUAUUACUACUCAUACUAUUAUUGUCGCUAUUAUUAUCUUUUGUUGUACCAUUAUUACUGUUAUAUUACUAUUGCCGUUACUACUAGUUAAUAUAUAUGUUAUUAUUAUUAUUAUAAUAUUAUUAUAGCUAUUAUCGUUGAUCAUUUAUCGCUAUUACUAUUGCUCUUGUUAGCACUAUCACUAUUAUUAUUACUACGAUUAUUAUUGCGUUUACAAUUAUUACUGUAUACUAUUAUUAUUAUUAUUAUUACUAUCACCUGCUACUACUACUGCUGCUGCUGCAAUUACUACAAUUACUGUUAGUACAAUUGCUAUUAUUAUUAUUAUUUUAUAUUAUUUUAAUUAUUAUUAUUAUUAUUAUUGCACGUGUACACACUCGGUGGAUAAUGAAGGUGAGGAAUAAGCUAAAAGAGUAAGUAAAUCGAAGAAGUAUGUUCAAUUGUACGGAUAUGUCUCAUAGGAUAUUCUCGAUGAAUUUUAUUAAAAAUAUUAAAAUUUGUUUAACGACAUCUCUAUUGUAGCUUAAAUGCGAAGUGGAUUUUGUUUCGAUCACAACAUAUAAAUACGAGCUGGUCUGUCGUAUUACAACAAACGAUCGUCUCGCAACGAUUGCUAAAAUACCUUUAAUGACUUUUUAUCUAUAUAUAGGGCCGUAUAUUUUUAUGUGUAAGGAUGCGAGUUAUUAUUUAUUUAGAGAGUGUCGUUUUUGUCGGAUUCAUAUCGUAUCUUUGUAUCGCUUUUUAGCGAGUGGAAAAUGUCAAAUAUGAUCUACGUAUAUAAUUGUUGGUGGCAAUAUGUGAAUUGUUGAUAUUUUUUAUUGUAAAGACGAGGUUUUCUACGUUUUCUGAUAUUUUUAAUGUUUUUAAGUAUUAACGCAUGGGGAAAGUAAUACGACAGACCCGUUUACCCAUCGCAGGGCGCCUGUAAUUAUUAUCUGUAGUUAGAAAUAUGACAAACAUUACUUAUACACCUACGUGCUAAAAAAAAAACGUGAAAAUAAAACAGUAAACGGCAA